AUGACUAUAAAACUGAAGCUGAUUCUUCGAAAAUGCAAUGACACUGAUGGCAUGCAGGCAUGCCAGGUAUUUAUGCAGAACUUGUACCAAGUGCAAAGGUUUUUGACUGCUAAUGAAUUGGAACCUGAUGGUUUUGUGAGUGAAUUAUUUUCUUCAUUGGCCAAUGUUGAAGAGACAAAACCAACUGUGAUGUGUAAAUUAAUCCAGGCCCUCAUGUUCCGCAUUCGCCCAUUACCUCUCACUGUUUCUAAUCAAGUGCGCAAAGUACAAGCCUUCAUUCAUGAACCAACUGGCACAUCGGACAACCCAAUCAAGUUCAUGUCAGGACUGAGUACAUCUCUCUUUUUGGAUGCAAAUCUGGAAAAUGUACAAGAUAUAUUUCAAAUCAGAGUCAGGGUGAAGUAUCCAGAUUUGCAUGUACAACUCAUCAGACCAAGACUAAAUGAUUUCCGAAAGUUAGGUCCUCUGCGUUCCCAUCUGCUCACAGAAGUAGUUCUCUCUCAUUGGCUCUGGUCUGAACCCUGUCCUGUGGAAAUCUCACUUGUUUUAUGUACCCCUUCCGGCCCUCAACUGCAGCUGCCAACUUCCUCAACAGAUGAUGAUGCUAACAGUAUAGAGUUGUGUAAACCUGUCCUUAUCUAUCUAUCUAUCUAUCUAUCUAUCUAUCUAUCUAUCUAUCUAUCUUCUUGA